AUGAAGCUGUCGGAGAAGACGCAGACCCACUCGGAACGCAAGGCAACGCUGGAGUCGGUGCUCGGCCGGAGCGCGCGGCAACUCGAGAACAUGAACACCCGAGUUGGGUUUGACGUCGAGGACAUUUCCACCAUCAACGUGGAGAACGACACGUUUCUAGAACGCAAUUUCACGGCGGCGGAGAUGCAGCACUGCAUCGGCUCGACCACGGGCCGGCCGCCGCAGAAGGCGUUUGCCGGACGUUGGAGCGCCAAGGAGGCGGUCUUCAAGGCCCUGGGGACUUCUAGCCAAGGAGCUGGCGCGGCGAUGAAGGAUAUUGAGAUCCUGACGGAUAAGAACGGGGCGCCAUCAGUCAAGCUGCACGGUGCCGCCCAAGAGGCUGCAGAGAAAGCGGGCGUCAAGAGCGUCAACGUCUCCAUCUCAUACACAGACAGCCACGCCGCCGCCAUUGCGACGGCGCAGCUGUGA